AAGGUGAUUCUGAAUUAGUUAUGAACUAGUUCAGAAUGUGAAUACAUUCGAGAUUUUUCACAAAUUGCUAUUUAACGCGUUGAAGCAUUUACACCAGUGUGUGAAAAUUUAUACUUUUGAUGUAAUUGAUUUAUGACAAUCAUACUGACAGAACUGAAUUGCUAAUUUUUGACAUAUUAAGAAGAGAAUUUUUAAAUUUGAAAAGUUCCUGUUAUUUUGUAUGUUUUUUAUGGAUUUGUUUUGAUCAUAAAAGAUAUGAAUUUAGUUAAAUUAACAAGAGUUACAAAUACAUUUAAACUACCAGGAUGUACUGUACGUAGAAGUAGUUACAAAAUUGGACAAGGUAACGUCUUAACCUCAAAAAAUAUAACACUAAAAAGAUUACAAGUAGAUACAGUUAAAUCGAGAUUAUUCGAAAGAGCAAUUUUAAACUGUAGAGGAACAGUAGCGUUUAAGUAUUUUUCGAGUAAAACUCCCGAUGGUACUGAUGACGGACCUCCAGCUUCAGAGGAAAACUUCACUCCACAACUUCCAGCAACUGUAGCCGUUCCAGAAGUAUGGCCACACGUACCCGUUAUAGCCAUCAACAAAAAUAUAGUUUUUCCAAGGUUUAUAAAACUCAUUGAGUUAACAAAUCCACAAUUAAUUCAACUUAUUAGAAGAAAAGUCAAAUUAAAUCAGCCGUACUGUGGUAUUUUCCUUAAAAAAGCAGAAGAUAAUGAAGCCGAAGUCGUUAAUAAUAUAAACGAUGUUUAUAACGUUGGAGUAUUUGCUCAAAUUCAUGAAAUGCAAGAUUUAGGUGACCGUCUACGGUUAGUUGUCAUGGCUCACAGACGUAUUAAGAUAACUGGUCAGAUAUUGGAGAAUAUUGACGAGCUUAAAGACGAAGCUGAAAAUGAGAAGAGAAGAAGAAAGAUUCGCAAUAACAGGGUGAUAAAAGCAGCGACAGAUACUCGUGGUACUGAUGAAGGAAAAGAUAGCAAAGUAGAUCGCAGUAAAGUUAAACCUCUACCGGAAGGUUUCCUAAUGGCAGAAGUUGAAAAUGUUGUUCACAAUAAAUUCCGUCAAACAGAAGAAGUUAAAGCUCUAACACAAGAAGUUAUCAAAACUAUAAGAGAUAUUAUCAGUUUAAAUCCACUGUAUAGGGACAGUUUACAACAAAUGAUGCAUCAAGGACAACGAGUUGUGGAUAACCCUGUAUAUUUGAGUGAUUUAGGUGCAGCUUUAACUGCGGCUGAAAGUAAGGAACUACAAGAGGUUCUUGAAGAAAUGGACAUUCCAAAAAGGUUGAUGCUUUCUUUAUCGUUAUUGAAAAAAGAAUAUGAAUUAUCUAAAUUGCAACAAAAAAUAGGUAGGGAAGUGGAAGAAAAAGUUAAACAACAUCAUAGGAAAUAUAUUUUACAGGAACAGUUAAAGGUUAUUAAAAAAGAAUUGGGGCUGGAAAAAGAAGACAAAGAUGCCAUUGGGGAAAAAUUCAGAGAAAGAAUAAAAGAUAAAAUACUACCUCAAGCCGUUUCGGCAGUCAUUGACGAAGAAUUGAAUAAAUUGAAUUUUUUAGAAAGUCAUAGUUCUGAAUUUAAUGUAACUAGAAAUUAUUUAGACUGGUUAACAUCUCUACCAUGGGGAGUUCAAAGUGAAGAAAAUUUGAAUUUACUUAGGGCUUCCGAAAUUUUAGAUCAAGAUCAUUAUGGAAUGGAUGAUAUAAAGAGGCGUAUACUGGAAUUUAUUGCAGUGAGCCAACUAAAAGGCAGUACACAAGGAAAAAUAUUAUGUUUCCAUGGUCCACCAGGCGUAGGAAAAACUAGUAUCGCACGAUCGAUAGCGCGAGCUUUAAAUAGAGAAUAUUUUCGAUUUUCUGUAGGAGGUAUGACUGACGUAGCGGAAAUUAAAGGACACAGAAGGACUUAUGUAGGAGCUAUGCCAGGAAAAGUUAUACAAUGCCUGAAAAAAACCAGGACUGAAAAUCCUUUGGUUCUCAUCGAUGAGGUUGAUAAAAUUGGAAAAGGUUAUUCCGGUGAUCCGAGCUCGGCCCUAUUAGAACUUCUCGAUCCGGAACAAAAUUCUAAUUUCUUAGAUCAUUAUUUAGAUGUACCAGUAGAUCUAUCCAAAGUUCUAUUUAUUUGUACAGCGAACGUUGUUGAAACUAUUCCGGAACCUUUGAGGGACCGUAUGGAAAUGAUUGACAUGUCCGGUUAUGUUGCCGAAGAAAAAUUAGCUAUAGCUAAACAAUAUUUGUUACCGCAAGCUAUGAGAGACAGCGGUCUUAAAGAUGAUAUUAUCAAAGUCGAAGAUGAAGCUUUGAAUACUCUUAUCAAGAGUUAUUGUAGAGAAAGCGGUGUUAGAAAUUUACAGAAACACAUAGAAAAGGUAGUUAGAAAAGUGGCUUACAAAGUGGUAAAAGACGAUUCGUCAUUCGUUAACGUCAAUAAAUCAAAUCUACAAGAAUUUGUAGGAAAACCUGUAUUUACUCAUGACCGGAUGUAUCCUGUUACUCCUCCAGGAGUUGUAAUGGGUUUAGCGUGGACCGCUAUGGGGGGUUCUACUUUAUAUAUAGAAACUACGACUAGGAAAUCACAGACUGAAAAAGAAACUGAAGGUACUCUCGAAUUAACCGGACAUCUGGGUGAAGUUAUGAAAGAAUCUGCUAAAAUAGCUAUGACGGUAGCUAGGAAUUUCAUGUUGAAACACGAUCCCACCAACACAUUUUUGCAGAAAAAUCACCUGCAUUUACAUGUACCAGAAGGAGCUACCCCAAAAGAUGGUCCUAGUGCUGGAUGUACUAUAGUAACGGCUCUAUUAUCGUUGGCUAAAGGAGAGUCCAUUCGACAAGACGUCGCCAUGACCGGGGAAAUAUCAUUAAUGGGGAAAGUUUUACCAGUCGGUGGAAUAAAAGAGAAAACUAUAGCUGCUAAAAGGUCUGGAGUGAAAUGUAUCAUUUUACCCGAAGAAAACAAGAAAGAUUUCAAUGAUUUACCAUCAUUUAUAACGGAAGGAUUAGAAGUGCAUUUUGUUGCAACUUUCGAUGAAGUUUAUGAUAUCGUAUUCGAUAAAUCCAAAGCGUGAUCGUUUAUUUUGUUUUUUUUUUAUGGGUUUUGUUAAGAUAUAUUUGUUAUGUUCGAUUUUUGUAUUCGUAUUUCAAUAAAUUACUUUGAAAACUUAUUGG